AAUGGUAAGGAAGCGAUACCAGAGGUGCGGUUAUCUAUAGAUAAUUCGGUAUCAGUUGUUGAUUUAUCCAACUCUGUAGUGGACCAACAAAAUAAUGCCGACACCAAGUCAAUGGAAGGGGUACCAAAGGUAUCAGAUAAGGAAAUAGAUGAUUUUAUUCCUGAAGAACUGAUACCAAAACCUCCGGCAACGCCUCCAACAUCUUCUGAAGAGGAAAGCUCAACGUUCGAAGCAUCAAAUGUUCACAAUUCACCCAGGAUAGAGAAAGAUAAACAGAAUGAAAUGAGUGUGGAGCACUCAGCGAAUGUUGUUUCUGACAAUAGCAAUGAAAGAACAAAAAUUCCAUACAAUCAGAAAGUGGAGCAAGGUUUGAGGAAAAUGGGAAUCAGCUCCCUUAUGAUCCCGAAUUAG